AUGAACAAUAUUUCCGGCAGAGGGCGGAAGGAUGAGAGACAAGGCAUGUCCGCGUGUGUUACCGAGUUGCUGGGAAUAGCGCGGCUUUGCAGCCCGCGGCCCGCCAUAUAUAUAGCGGUGGUGGAGGGGGCCGACGCUCCGCCACGCCGCCGUAGUGUGCCGCAGGCUGAGUCGCCAGUCGCACGCCGGCCCCUGCCAGGAGUCGCACCGCCGCGCAUCGCCACGCUCACGACUGACUACUGUGCGCUCGUCCUCCGACAGACGCCCGGACCGGGAUGCCCAGCGCCCGCCAGUGAGCCAGCCGCACACGGACUCGGGAUGACGCCUCCGCACGUCGCACGCCAGCUGCCGCUUCCGCCGGCGGCGCCACCGCGUCUGCCUCUGCCGUUGCCUCAGGACGAGGCCAAACAGAAGGAAGCCGGCGCCUGCUGCCCGCAGGAUGACGUCCAAGCCAAGCAGGAGGAGCGGCCGCCUCUCAGACCACAGCUGGUGGCGGCGCUGCUGGCGUGCUGGGUGGCGCUGGCGUCCGGCGCGAGCCUGGGCUACGUGACGCCGGCGCUGCCGUCGCUGCAGGCGGCCGGCUCCGGCCUGCAGGUGAGCGACGAGCAGGGCUCGUGGGUGGCGAGCCUAGCGAUGCUGGGCGCGCUGGCGGGCGGCGCGCUGGCCGGGCCGUGCAUCGCCGUGGGCCGCCGCGCCGCGCUCUGGGCCGCCGCCGCGCCGCUCGCGCUCGCCUGGCUGCUCGUCGUCGCCGCCACCGCCGUCUCCCACCUCUACGCCGCGCACGUCAUCAUGGGCGUCUGCCUCGGCGUCAUCACCGACGCCGCGCAGGUGUACGUGAGCGAGGCGGCGAGCGCGGAGCGGCGCGGGGCGCUGGGGUGCGUGCCGGUGCUGAUGUUCAACGUGGGCAUCCUGGCGAGCUACCUGGCGGGCGCGUUCCUGGGCUGGCAGCUGCUGGCGGCGUUCGGCGCCGCGCUCACGGCGCCCGCGCUGCUGCUGCCGCUGCUCUUCCCGGAGUCCCCCGGCUUCCUGGUGGCCAAGGGCCGCCUCGACGAGGCCGCGGCCGCCCUGCGCGCGCUGCGCGGGCCCGUCUGGGACAUCCAGCAGGAGCUGCAGGAGCUGGAGCAUUGCGAGCGCGCGCCGCCGCUGUGCGCGCGCCUGCGCAGCCUGUGCUGCCGCGAGCGCGGCAAGAAGCACCAGGGCUCGCUGCUGCGGCCGCUGCUGCUCGUGGCCGCGGUGCGCGCGCUCAGCCGCUUCUGCGGCCUGCGCGCCAUCCUCUGCUAUACGCAGACCAUCCUCGUCGGCUCCAACUCCAGCGUCGACGUGCCGCUCUCCGUCGUCGCCACCGGAGCCGUCCAACUCGUCGCCACGCUCGUCGCCUGCCUCCUGCUCGACAGGGUCGGCCGCCGCCCGCUGCUCAUCGUCUCUCAGGCGGUGAUGGGGUGCGCGCUGGUGGGUCUGGGGUGCUACCUGUUCUACCGCGACGACGUGGACAACGCGCGGGACACGCUGCUGGGCUGGCUGCCCAUGGCGGCCAUCCUGGUGUACAUCGUGGCCAACUCGAUGGGCCUGGGCCCCGUGUCGGGGCUGGCGCUGGGAGAGCUGGCACCGCAGCGCCACCGCAGCGUCGUCAGCUCGUUCACGGGCGCCCUCUCCUGGCUGUCCGCCUUCGUCAUCACCAAGACCUUCCUGGACCUGCGCUCCUGCCUGCACCUGCACGGCGCCGUCUGGGCCUACGGCGCCGUCUGCUUCGUCGGCGUCGUCUUCGUCUGGCUCUUCGUCCCCGAGACGCGCGCCAUCACACCCUACGAGAUAGAGACGCUCUUCCGCUCCAAGGACGACUCGGACUCUUCUGUGGAGAGCGACAGCAGGGGCGUGGCCAACGGCAUCUUCGUCAUCGAGACCGCCGGGAACCUCCAGACGGUGAUCGUCGACGGAGACAAGAAGGCGUCACUCCACUAGACGUCCAGACUGGAAAUCUGUCGCGAGUUCAAUGCGAUGGUCACGAUAUUUGAAAGUACUGUUCGUGCAUCGUGUUUGCAUCCGGUGGCAGACAUUCCUGCAACUCCGCUGUUACCAGCUGUCAGUGCGAGAGACAAUCUCUGACGGUUAUAAUGUUCCUAUGUGUUAUUUUAAAAAUUAACGUCCGUUUCUGCCUCGUCAGUGCAAGUUGGUUGACGCUAACAAGAUAGCGACUCAAGUCCACGAUUGGUCACCAGAGAGGAUAAAAGCUGCUAUUACCUCACUGACAGAGUGUGGAACAUCGUGCAGUGUAUGUAUUCCUUAACUCCACUACACUCCAACAUAAAUGGAGCUACAGACUCCACUUUAACGUCCAUUACACUGUACUAACUAAUGAAACUAUGCUAGAAAACAGGUAUUAUACUAUGUUCUGAACUAUGCAACAUGUUGAAUUUGCGUAUUCAGUGGUCUCAGGCAUACAAAACUUACUUUAGAUGGAGAUAUUAUAGAAGAACAAUCUUGUUCUGUUGACUGAUAAGUGAUUUAUCUUUAAAAGGCUUGUGGAAGGAACAAGGUCUUCAUGCGAAACUUAACUUGACGAAGUAUUUCUGAUCUUCAUUUUCGCUGCCUAGUACAAUCAAAACUUCUACAGCAAAGCAAACUUCAUUUUGUCAUAAACAAAUGCAUUGCAUGUGCUUACAAACAGUGUGUAUAGUCCUCUGUUUGUAUGCGCUGACACGAAAUGCAUAGUUAACAGUCAUCUGUCAGCUUCUGCAGUAUUCUGCCGUAUUACGGUAGAUACCCAUUUUCUUUUCUUCAAGUGUAAUGUGAGACGUUCCGAUUCUGGCCAGAAGCAGCAGAUAACUGAGAAAUGGCGUUCAAAUAAACUCUCCGCUAUUGGCGUUCGAAUGCCAAGUGUCUCCAUCGUCACUGACAUCAAACUUGAAACUGUUGCUCAUACACCCCAAGCAGCUUCAAAUGGAGCACCCAUAGCUUCACGGCCCAGGGCUACCUCCGUUUAGAAGCAUGAGACGACUAGCCGCUGUUUAGAGGUUUCUAUAUUCCCUCUAAAAUGCCAGCCUCCUUUCUCUUCUUUAUAAGUAGCUUGCAUCACAUGCAUCUACUAUUCAGUACUCCACAGAAUGGUUACUCUCAUAUUUCAGACAUACCUCACACUGAUGUGUGAUGAAAAGGAUAGACGUCAAUAGCGAGUUAUGAAUAUGGAAGGAAGGAGUUGGUUUCUCAACAUACUUGGCCUUGUGAUAUUUUGUUCACCGAAGGAAGUUUUAUUUAUGAAGAUCUGCGUAAAUUAUCACAGCAGCAGGAAGACAAGCGAGGUGAUGCUGUGGCAUGACAGGUAACAACGUCAAUAUGAUCUCCUCCAAGAGCUGCAGCAGGUGGGACACUGAAAACGAUCCUUCCUACGUCUUACAGUGGACUCUGUUUCAGUGUCGGAAACCAGUAGAAGCUGUGAUGUUAGCGGAUUUAAUGUGACGUCACAAAGAGGUGCGCUGUAAGCUCCUUGUGCAAAUGAUAUGUGAUACCGGAACUAUGAACUCAUCUAUAACAUUGCAGAAAUUUUUAAUCAGUUAAGAAUUUAUUCAUUAUUAUACACUGUAUUGUUGUGAUUUCUAUUAAAUAAGUCAAUUAUAUUACAGUAAAAUUUUU